UUACUACUACUUCUUCACUUUGUAGACUAUAUAUAUAUAUAUUAUUGUAACUAUGCCAGAAGCUCCUGAGAUUAAUAAUGUUUCCGAAUAUGAUUGUUGUGGUAGUAACUCAUCUCUCGAUGGUAAAAACAAGAAGGCAUUACAAUUUAUUGAAGAUGUAACCAGUAAUGCUGAUGAAGUUCAGAGGAGGGUUCUUGCUGAAAUCCUUUCUCAUAGUGCCCAUGUUGAGUACUUGCAACGACAUGGCCUAAACGGGUGUACAGACCAAGAGACAUUCAAGAAGGUGGUUCCUGUUGUUACAUAUGAAGAUUUGAAGCCAGAAAUUGACCGUAUUGCUAAUGGUGAUGCUUCACAAAUCCUUUGUUCCCAACCCAUAUCGGAGUUCUUGACUAGUUCCGGAACUUCUGGCGGGGAGAGGAAAUUGAUGCCAACAAUUGAAGAGGAGCUGGAGAGGAGGUCAUUGCUUUACAGCCUUUUGAUGCCUGUGAUGAACCAAUGUGUUCCAGGUUUGGACAAAGGAAAAGGCAUGUAUUUUUUGUUCAUAAAAUCAGAAGCUAAGACCCCAGGAGGACUUGUUGCACGUCCAGUUUUAACUAGCUACUAUAAAAGUUCACAUUUUAUAGAUAGGCCUUAUGAUCCCUACACCAACUAUACAAGCCCAAACGAGACCAUUCUUUGCCCUGAUUCUUAUCAAAGCAUGUACUCUCAGUUGCUUUGUGGCCUUUAUCAAAACACCCAAGUUCUUCGUGUUGGGGCAGUCUUCGCUUCCGGCUUCAUUCGUGCUCUUAAGUUCCUUGAAAAGAAUUGGCUUCUUUUAUGCAAUGAUAUUCGAAGUGGUACCUUAGACCCCAAAAUCACUGACUCAUCAGUGAGAGAAGCUGUAAUGAAAAUUCUUGAACCAAACCCCGGGCUAGCUGAUUUUAUUGAAGCUGAAUGUGGCAAGGAUUCUUGGAGUGGGAUCAUAACUAGGUUGUGGCCUAAUACCAAGUAUAUUGAUGUCAUUGUGACAGGAACAAUGUCACAGUACAUUCCUACUUUGGAUUAUUAUAGCAAUGGUCUCCCUCUUGUUUGUACCAUGUAUGCAUCUUCUGAGUGUUACUUUGGCCUUAAUUUGAAUCCUCUGUGCAAGCCAAGUGAAGUCUCCUACACUCUCAUUCCCACCAUGUGCUAUUAUGAGUUCUUGCCAGUUAACAGGAAAAGUGGAUUCAAUGAAUCCUUUUCCAAACCUGUCUUCCUCAAUGAUAAGGAAAACCAAGACUUGGUUGAUCUUGUUGAUGUUAAGCUAGGACAAGAGUACGAGCUUAUUGUAACUACCUAUGCAGGCCUUUAUCGAUAUCGUGUUGGAGACAUACUUCGAGUGGCAGGAUUCAAAAACAAGGCUCCUCAAUUCAACUUUGUAUGCAGAAAGAAUGUGGUUCUUAGCAUUGAUUCUGAUAAAACCGAUGAAGUUGAACUACAAAAUGCAGUGAAGAAUGCAGCUAACAAUCUUUUGUCAUUUGAUGCAUCACUCACAGAAUAUACAAGCUAUGCUGACUCUUCAACUGUCCCGGGGCACUAUGUCCUGUACUGGGAGAUUAGCCUCAGCCGGGCAACACCAAUCCCUCCUUCAGUUUUUGAGGAUUGUUGCCUCACUGUUGAAGAAUCAUUCAACAGUGUAUACCGCCAAGGCAGGGUUUCAGAUAAGUCCAUUGGUCCCUUAGAGAUAAAGAUAGUGGAGAGUGGGACAUUUGACAGUCUUAUGGACUACGCUGUGGGACAAGGUGCUUCAAUAAACCAGUACAAAGCACCGCGAUGUGUGAAAUAUGCUCCCAUUGUGGAGCUCCUGAACUCAAAAGUUGUUGCAAAUUAUUUCAGUCCAAAAUGCCCCAAAUGGGCUCCUGGUCAUAAGCAAUGGCUAGCUGAAGAUUGAGACAAGGUUAGGACUAAGGAGCCUUGUAAUGUAGCAGGAAGGGAAGUGGGGGAGGUUCAAGAAGUAUUGUCUUGUGAGUUGUGACCUAGAUUAACCCAUCUUAGUUUCUUGGUAAUGGUAUUUUACUAUUUCAUCUUUGCAAAAGCAGUUUUAAGCUAUUGUUUAA